AUGAAUCGACCUGAGCAACGAGACCCAGAUUCCACAGUCUCCUACACGGUCGCAUGGAUCUGUGCCUUGGAAGAGGAGUACUUCUGUGCAUGCCGUAUGCUCGACGAAGAAUUUGCUGGACCGGAAAUAAGCGAAGACAACGACGAUAACACAUACGUCUACGGUCGUAUCGCGAAGCAUUAUGUGGUGAUUGGGUGUCUCCCAGCUGGUCGGUAUGGCACCAACUCAGCCGCUCGCGUUGCCCGAGAUAUGGCCCGGACCUUUCCACGCAUGCGGUUCGCAUUAAUGGUGGGCAUCGGGGGCGGCGCACCAAGUCCCCGCAAUGACAUACGACUGGGUGAUAUUGUCGUCAGUCAACCAAGAGAUGGAUUCGGUGGGGUGAUUCAAUAUGAUUUGGGCAAGUUGAAAAAUGGUCAUUUUCAGAAGACAGGUCAACUGAAUGCACCGCCUGAGAAACUCCUAGGGGUCCUUCCAGAGAUACGCCGAUUACACAGUGAUAAAAAGAAGCCAGACAGACUUGCAGAACAUCUUCGACUUCUCGAUGACAUGGAAGAUUAUCAAAAGCCAGCCGUUGAUCGGCUUUACGCUGCAGACUAUUCACAUGUGGAUGGACCAGGUUGCGAUGAAUGUGACUUGCGUGCAAUAGUGGACCGCCCCGAGCGCCAGAACCACCGUACCGUCCAUGUCCACUACGGAACUAUUGCGUCGGGAAAUUCCGUUCUGAAGGACGCCAAAGUGCGGGAUACAUACGCCCAAGACCCACAGCUGAACAUUCUUUGCUUCGAGAUGGAAGCAGCCGGUCUCAUGAAUAAUAUUCCAUGUCUAAUUAUUCGCGGAAUCUGCGAUUAUUGCGACUCUCACAAGAAUGAUGAGUGGCAUAAUUAUGCUGCCCUCGUUUCUGCUGCUUAUGCACGAGAGCUCCUGCUGGUUUUACGGCCGCAACGUGUGGAUGCCAUGCCGCCAUGGGCCGAGCGAGUAGCUCAAGAACUUCAACAAGUAACUCAGGAGUUGACUAUUAUCAGCAACAACCAAAGGUUGACCGCCCUGACGAAAAUCGAACGUAUGGACCAGAAGAUUGGGCUAGACAAGGUGUCGGCUGUUCACGAGGCCGAGUUUGACUCAUUCUCUGAUCGGGAUGAGAUCCAAUGUCUUCAAGGCACAAGGACUGAGCUCCUCCAACAGAUAAAGGAAUGGGCUACUUCGCCAUCUCAAAAAAGCAUCUUUUGGUUAAAGGGAAUGGCUGGGACAGGGAAAUCCACAAUAUCUCGAACUGUGGCACGGUCGCUCAAGGACACCAACUGUCUUGGUGCCAGCUUCUUUUUUAAGAGGGGUGAAGGGGACCGAGGGAACGCAAAGAAAUUUUUCCCUACAUUAACCAGGCAAUUGAUGCUCUGGUGCUCAGAGUUGGUUCCUGGUGUGCAAAAGGCACUUGAUGAUGACCCUGGCAUUGCGUCAAAAUCUCUCAGGGAGCAGUUUGAACAACUGCUUCUUCAACCGUUGCUUAGUCUUGGCCAACUUAGCCAGCAACCUCAGACUGCUGUGAUGGUCAUCGAUGCUUUGGAUGAAUGUGAACAUGAUCAAGAUAUCCGACACAUCAUUCAAUUCCUGCCUCUUUUACAAAAGGCGAAAUCAUUUCGCCUUCGGAUUUUCCUCACCAGCAGGCCUGAACUCCCAAUUAACCUCGGGUUUUCAGAGAUCGGAGAUCGUGCAUAUCAGGACCUAGCUCUUCAUGAGAUACCCGGAGAAGUGACUGAACGUGACAUACAUUUAUUCUUACAAGACCGAUUUGCGAAAAUCAAACAUGAUAGGAAAAUCUCCCAGGACUGGCCUGGUGAUGACGUCCUCCAAGAUUUAGUCAGGAUAUCCAUUCCACUGUUUAUUUCGGCUGCCACUGUGUGCCGCUACAUUGAAAACUCAAAAUUGGAACCCAAAUCACGGCUCGCAGAGCUUCUAAAGGACCAAGCAAAAUACGUUUCGAGAAUGGAUAAGACAUAUCUGCCUGUUCUGACGCAACUACUCAACGACCCAGAGAGUAAUGAGUCAGAACAGCAGCAACUUCUGCAAGAGUUCCAGGAUAUCGUGGGUGUCAUCAUUCUUCUCGCAAUUCCGCUUUCUAUAUAUGCACUAUCGCAGUUUCUUGGGAUAGAAGCGGACCAGAUUAGCAAUCAAUUGGAUUCACUUCGUUCGGUUUUAAGCAUUCCUGAUAACCGAGAUCAGCCUGUUAGGAUUCUGCAUCUCUCAUUUCGGGAUUUUUUGGUCCAGUCUACGACCAAGUUUCACGUGAAUGAGCCACAAAAACACAAAGACAUUGUUCGGUCCUGUUUUAGAACUAUGCGGAGUCAUCUACGCGAAGAUAUCUGCAAUCUCACAGAUCCUGGAGCGCUCAGGGUAGACAUCAACCCUCUCAAAAUCCGCCAAUGUCUACCACCUGAAUUGCAAUACUCCUGUCGCUACUGGAUACACCAUCUCAAAAAUAGCGAGGCUUCACCUUCUGAAAUAGAAGAGGCGCAACUAUUCCUCCAGAAGCAUUUUCUUCACUGGAUAGAAGCAAUGAGCCUGCUAGAUCUUAUAUCAGAGGUGGUGGGUAUGCUCGAUCUUCUCCGCACGGCUAUACCAGAUGUUGAUGAUAAUUCCGUUUUGGCCGACUUUUUAUAUGAUGCAAAGCGGUUUGUCCUGAAAAAUCGUCAGAUAGCGGAUGAAGCGCCGCUUCAGAUUUAUUGCUCAGGGCUGGUAUUUGCACCUCGAUCGGCAAUAAUUCGUAGAGUGUUCCAGUCAUAUCUGCCUAGGUGGAUCGGCCAGUUCCCACAGGUUCAAGAAACCUGGAGUGCAGAAUUACAAACUCUGGAAGGCCAUUCAGACUGGGUUGAAUCAGUGGCCUUCUCACCCGACGGCCGGCUACUGGCGUCCGGCUCUAGGGAUAACACGGUGCGGCUCUGGGACCCGACUACGGGCGCCCUACAACAGACCCUGGAGGGCCAUUCAGCUGGUUAUCAGUGGCCUUCUCACCCGACGGCCGGUUGGCGUCCGGCUCUAGAUAGACGUGCGCUCUGGGACCCGCGACGGGCGCCCUACAACAGCCUGGAGGGCAUUCAGCUCGGUUGA